GUCGUCGUCGUCGUCGUCGUCAUCAUCGCCUUCAUUCCGACUCUCCCCGUCAUGCAUCCUGUUGUCGUAUCUGUCUGCAUGGCUACUUGAGAGAUUUAAUAAAAAUCACUUGCUCUCCAAGUAGGGUGUAAGGGUUGGAAAACAGGUGCGACAGAACCAACCCCUUUAUUAACGGAGAAAGAAUCCUGCCCCAGUUUAUCCUGUGAGUCUAUGGUCACUCACCUGUUCUCCAUGAUGGCUACUACUGCUGCUGCUGCUGCCGGUGGUGCUCCGCCUCCUUCUUUGCCUCCUGCUACUGCAGACAUUGCCGUAGUGGGCAUGGCGUGCCGCUUCCCUGGAGCCGACUCGGCCGACGCCUUCUGGGACCUUCUCCGCGAUGGCCGGACAACGGAGCGGCCCGUCCCGGCGCAUAGGCUCCCGCUGGCGAACCACUGGCGCACCUCUGCCGAAUUGGGCGGAAACGCGCGUGGCCAUUUCCUAGAUACGAUUGACUCCUUUGACAAUCGGUUUUUUGGCAUCACAGCCCGCGAGGCUGCCGCCAUGGACCCGCAGCAGCGCCUGCUGCUCGAGACGGCCUACCAGGCGCUCGAAUCCGCGGGUUAUUUCGCCCGCGAAGAUGCCUCGCGCCAUGUCGGCUGCUACAUCGGCGGCUUCUCAACCGACUACAACGACAAUAUCGCGAGUCACCGGGCCAGCGCCUUUGCGGCACUGGGGUCCCUCAAGGGAUUCCAGAGUGGCCGGAUCAGCCACUUUUUCGGCUGGACGGGCCCCUCGCUCACCAUCGACACCGUCUGCUCCUCGUCCGGCGUCGCUAUUGAUGCGGCAUGUAAGUCCCUGCGCGCCGGUGACUGUGACUACGCCCUCGCCGGCGGGGUCUCCCUCCUGACAAGCCCCUUUGCCUACCAGAACCUGGCCGCUGCCUCCUUUCUCAGCCCCGAGGGCCGCAUCAAGCCCUUUGACGCCGCCGCGGACGGCUACUCGCGCGCCGAGGGCGUCGGCCUUGUCGUCUUGAUGCCUCUGGCCGCCGCUCAGGAUGCCGGGCACCCGAUCUUGGGUGUAAUCCGCGCCUCGUUGGUCCGCCAGAGCCGUGCCCGCAACAUCACCGUCCCACAUACCGACUCCCAGGCGACCCUCUACCGCUCUCUGCUAGCCCAGGCGGGCGUGGAGCCGUAUGAAGUCACCUACCUCGAGGCCCAUGGAACGGGUACCCGCAUCGGCGACGUCCCAGAGUACGAGGGUAUCCGGCAGGUGUUUGGGGGAGCCGACCGCCCACAGACCCUCCAUUUUGCCUCGCUGAAGGCUAACAUCGGCCACGCCGAGGGUGCCUCGGGCGUCGCCGCCUUGAUCAAGACCCUGCUGAUGCUCCGGCACGCCCAGAUCCCGCCGCAGGCGAACCUUGUCACUAUCAACCCGCGCAUUACCAACCUGGCCGGCCAGCGCCUGGCGAUCCCCAGGCAGCUCGAGCCCUGGGCUCCAGCGGUCGUCGGGGGCCCGCGGCGAGCAGUCCUCAACAACUUUGGCGCAGCGGGCAGCAUCAGCGCAGUCCUGCUACAAGAGUAUACCCCUGUUUCACAGGACAGCCAUGCCACUAUCAGCGGCUCAUGCCCUCCCUGGCCGCGAUAUCCGGUCUGUCUCGCUGCCCACACUUUCAGCAGUCUGCAACGCUCCUGUGCAGCUUUGCUGCAUUAUAUUGAGAGCAGUGACGCUUCGCUGGCCGAUCUGUGCUUUGCCCUGUACCGCCGUGCUAACCGGACACUGCCUGUGCGACGCUGCUUUGCCGUCUCCAGCCGCGAGGAUCUCUGCGUCCAGCUACGCCGCAUCGUUGACGAUCCAUCAUCACCAUCGCUUGCCGAUUCCGAGCCCGAACAAAAACAGCAGCCAGUAGUGCUAGCUUUUGGCGGCCAGUCAACUCGCCGAGUACACGUGCCUCGCUCGCUCUUUGAUUCGUGUGUCUUGUUCCGCGCCCAUCUGGAAGCAUGCGACAACACCCUGACCCGGCUCGGCUACCCCAGCAUCUUUCCCACAAUUCUAGAGGAGGAGAACGACGAUGCUACUGUUGCGAGUACAGCUGGCGGCGCCCUCGCCCUGCAGACAAUGCAAUUCGCCCUGCAGUACGCAACUGCACGGGCUUGGGUCGACAGUGGGCUGCGGGUGGACUGCCUGCUAGGCCAUUCUCUAGGCCAGCUGGUGGCGCUUGUCGUCUCGGGCUCCCUGUCGCUCGAGGACGGCCUACGGUUCGUGUGCGGCCGCGCAGCCCUCAUCGAUAGCAGCUGGGGGGAUGACCCAGGCGGGAUGGUCAGCAUUCAAAACAGUGACCAGUCCGUAAUCGAGACAAUCUGUAAACGGGUACAGCAGAUUCUUCUUGUCGACGAUCCAUCACCACGUCGACUCGAGAUCGCCUGCCAUAACGGGCCCACGAGCCACGUCCUGGUGGGCAGUACAGCAGAGAUUUCAGCCCUGGUGAAGGUUUUGCAGGACGAGUUUGAUUCAGUCGCAUUCAAACGCCUCGACGUCACGCACGGAUUCCACUCCAAGCUCACGGAGCCUAUCCUCCCCCAACUCCACGGACUUGCGCAGACCCUGUCCUUCCAACCACCCAUGAUUCCGCUCGAACCAUGUACUGAAAACGAGCAGUCUGCUGUUACACAGCUGACGGCUGACGCCCUGGUAGCGCACACGCGACAGCCAGUCUUCUUUGCUGCUGCUGCCCGCCGCAUCCAGCAACGGCUGGGGUCCUGCGUGUGGCUCGAGGUCGGCACCAAAGCUCUCGGAACCCUGCGUGUGGCCCUAUCGGAAGACGUCACUCGACAUUCAUUGUAUCCCGGACAGCUCCAGCAGUCGACGAUUGCAGAUACAACUACACAGCUGUGGUCACAGGGCUACGGGGGCUCGUUCUGGCCGUUCCAUGCGCUGCAGACUAGCAGCUACACCCUGCUCCAGCUACCGCCCUAUCAGUUUGACCAGGCAAAACACUGGCUGCCGUGGAAUCUAAACACAGAGUCCAGUACGUCUAGCAAUGAGGGGAGUCUCCCCAAAGCCGACAGUGAUCGGCUUUUGAGCCCUCUCGGGCCCUCGUCCUUUCGCAUCAAUUCUGGUAGUACCGAAUGGCAGGCUGCGGUGAGCGGUCAUCGUGUGCUGGGCCAACCGACGCUGCCAGCAUCUCUAUACCUGGACAUGGUCCUCCAGGCUGUGCGACAGCUGCUUCGAGACGCUGUCCCAGAAGGACUCAUGCCACAUAUUGAUGGAUUCCGUAUUCGGUCUCCGCUAGGCGGGUCUCAGCAGAAGCAGCAACAACUUACCCUCCAUCUUGAACACGAUAAUAAGGGGCCAUCCGGAGGGCAGAGAUGGCAGUUCUCAUUCCGAGAAAGUGCGGCCAAUUCUUCAACUAGUACUGGCAUCCCUGCCGCAGACGGACAGGUCACGCUACUCCCAAUGCCAGACGGCGCCGGGGAGCUCGCCCGCACAGGGCGACUCCUUAGCAAGAUGGGCCUAGGUGCAGCCAAGAAACAGCAAGAAGACGGGAGUGUCCUGCAACAGCCCCUCAUAUACACACUCCUGUCCCCGGCUAUAGAAUAUGAGCCACGCUACCGCACACUGUGUCGUGCUAUCUUGCUGGAUGAUAAGGUCGUGUGCGCCAGCGGCAGCAGGCCAACGACCGGCGCACCCACCCUGCCCAUCAUCGAUGCCUGUUUUCAGGCUGCUGGGCUGCAUGCUAACGCUGUACUCGAGCGGACGAGGCAGCCCGGCACAGCGAUGGUCUGUGUUUCCAUGGAAAAGGUGCAGUGGCACGGUCUAUCGGCUGGGGCUGCGCCAACAGGUAGCCUAGAGCUGCUCGCCAUCACAACAGCCAGCGAGACCGACACUAACGCCAAUGACGCCGUAUACGAUGUCUUUGCCCGCGACGAGGCCACCCACGAGGUCGUUCUUAUUGUCUCCAGGCUGCGGUUCCGGCGGAUCGGCCGUUCGUCAUUGGUUAGAAAGCCGCCGUCGUUGCCGUUGUUGUCAAUGCCAUCGUCUCCUCCGGCGAAAGCAGCGACCCAAGACCGGCAGCAGGCCAACAGCACGGCAGCAGUCCAAUUACAGAAACUUUUGAGCGCGUUAACCGAUGUGCCUACUAAGAAUAUUAGCCCCUCGUCGAAUCUUGCCUCUCUGGGUAUCGACUCGUUGAUGGCGGCGGAGCUGCAGCGCGAGAUCAACAGCAGUUUUGGCCUCUCUGUCUCCCAGCAGGAGCUUCAGGUAGACACGUUUGGUGAUUUAGUCGCGGUGGUAGAUUCCAGAGGCUCUCCAAACAGCCUCCCAGCAGGUCAGGGAGAGGCCAGGCACAGCUCGAUAGCAACCUCGGGUAACAGCGUAUCGGAUCUCCUACGCCGGCAUAUAGAGCUCCCCCCAACGGUCAGUCCGUCUUGCCGGCUCGCCGACCUUGGUGUCGACUCUUUGCUGGCUAUAGAGAUUGCCAAUGACCUCCGGAAUGAAGGGCAUAGCCAUGACGCAGUUGAGAUCACACCGGAAACAAAACUGAGCGAUCUUGGUAUGCUCCCCGUUACUGCCGCUGGUUCCUCUUCCCCCGUCUGGUCUUCUUCUAGCUUCCCCUCCCCCUCCCCCUCCUCUCCGUCUUCCAUCAAUGCCCCUAUCUCACUCCCGGGCGAUGGUCACGCCUGGCGAGUAUCCCCACAGAAAGCUCUCCAUCAGACAACGCUGGCCUUCCACGGUCUGGCUACCGAGGCCGGGUGCCACGGCUUCUGGAGAGAAAUUGUCCCCCUCCAGGCACAACUGCUGCAGGCGUACGUUCUCGAAGCGUUCGAGCAGAUGGGGGUGGACCUCCGACUCCUCUCUCCAGGCGAAGCCAUUCCUAACCUCCCCGUGGUGGAGCCCCGAUACACCCGGCUCCGAACAGUACUCCUCGAUCUGCUGCGGGAGGGGGAGCUCGUCGACUACACGGGCUCGCAGUAUAUUCGAUCCGACCGGCCUCUCCCUCUCGACAAGCCCACAAGCGCGACUCUCCACGAACGUCUCGUACGCGAGCACCCGGCGUAUAGCCUCGAAACACGCCUGCUGCAAGUGACAGGGCCCCGGCUGGCCAAAUUCCUGACCGGCGAGGAGGACCCGCUGCACUCUCUGUUCGGCAACGAGCAGUCCAAACAGCUCCUCACAGACGUGUACACGCACAGCCCCAUGUUCCUGCUGAUGAGCCGGCUGCUCGCCCACUUCGUCGGCGUGGUGGCCGCCAAGUUCGGCGCUGCUCGUCCCCUGCGUGUUCUCGAGGUCGGCGCAGGCACAGGCGGGACCACAGUCUGGCUGCUCGACAGCCUGGCCGCGGCAGGCAUCGCCGUCGAGUACGUCUUCACCGAUAUCUCGUCGUCGCUGGUGAGCGCUGCAAGACGGAGGUUUGGGAAGGAGCAGCAGCAGCAGCAGCAGCAGCAGAAGUCACGUUCCGGUCACGGGGCUGGCGGCCACGUGACGAUGGGUUUCGCCGUGCUGGACAUCGAGAAACCACCACCGCAGGAGAUGCUGGGCAGUUUCGACGUCGUGCUCUCGACUCUGUGCGUCCACGCCACACGCGACCUCGCCUGCUCGCUGGCAAACAUCCGGCAGCUGCUUCGGCCUGGCGGGUUUGUCGCGCUGGCCGAGUUUACACGUCGAAUCCCCUGGUUGGACCUGGUGUUUGGCCUGCUGGACGGGUGGUGGCGGCACAGUGACGGGCGGCAGCAUGCUCUGGCGUCGGUGGCGGUGUGGCAUCAGGCGAUGGAGAGGGCGGGCUUUACCCAGGCGAGUCAGACCAGCGGGCGGUCCCUGGAAGCUCAGACAGGACGAAUUGUGUGUGGGUUCCAGUCGCCUGUCGACGAGGACGACGGCGGUGACGACGGUCAGGGGGUGGGCAAGGCGCUGGGAGGCGGCUUUCCGGCGCUCGAUGAUCUGGAGCGUGAGACAGUGUGUUUCCAGCAGGUGGAUGAUGUCCAUCUCCGCGCUGACAUCUACUAUCCCCACGAUGUCGAUGUCUUGCCGCCGAAGAAGUGGCCCGUAGCUCUCCUCAUCCAUGGCGGCGGUCAUAUCAUGCUCUCCCGAAGGGACGUUCCAUCACGACAGGUGUCCUGGCUGCUGGACCAUGGCAUUCUCCCGAUCAGCAUCGACUAUCGUCUGUGUCCGGAAGUGAGCAUUCUUGACGGUCCCAUCGAGGAUGUGGGGGAAGCCUUUGUCUGGGCGAGACGACAGCUGCCGCGGAUCACGCCUCGACAUGGUAAUAUUCAGUUCGACGGCGGGAAAGUGGGCGUCGUGGGAUGGUCCUCGGGGGCGAUGCUGGCGCUCUCUACGGGAUGGACCGCUCCAUCUCAUGGAGUGAAGGCUCCAGAGGCGGCGGUGGCUUUCUACUGCCCGGUAGAUUACCAAGAUGAAUAUUGGAAAACACCAAAUGAUCAUGCCGGGGAUGUAAUUGGCUCUUACAAUCUGAUGGAUGGGGUCAAAGACCGGCCAGUUGCAUCCUACCCGAUCACCUCCUCCGAGUGGAUGGAUCCCUCGCACGCUCGAUCCCGGAUAUUAAUCCAUAUGAUCCGACAAGGCCAGACGUUGCCGGUUCUCUAUCGCGGACUUGGAAAGGGGGAAGAAGAUGAUUCCCACCACUCCAUGAGCCAGCCGUCAGCUGAACAAGGCCAGUUGUUCAAUCCGUACGCCUACAUGGUGAACGGAGGAUACCGGACCCCGACGUACUUUGUUCACGGACAGGCCGACUGUUUUGUGCCGUGGCAGCAAGCCCAGAAAGGAUACGACGUGCUGCGCAAAAACCAGAUCCCCUCUGGUCUUUCGCUGGUGAAAGAUGAAGGCCACUUGUUUGAUAUCGACUACCACGAUCCUCGGGGGGAGAAAUGGGCGGCCUGUGAGCAGGCGUAUCUGUUUUUACAUUCUAUCUUAGUUAGAUGAUCAGUAUCGUUAUCUAGAUCUACAC